UGAGUGAAAUUAUUUUUCUAGAGCACAGGUAGUUGCGACGGUGUUUCCUUUGGGAUCGCACAGGUGAAUUUUGAGGCGGAAAAUGCUCAAGUCUUUCGAAGCGGUCGCUUCUCAGCUCAAAUUCAAGUCCAAAGUCUUUUCAAUUGACAAUUUGGCAUUUAAAUUUCACUAUCGUGCAACUUUUAUCAUCCUCCUCGUUUGCACUGUGCUGGUUACAUCGAGGCAGUAUAUUGGUGAACAUAUAAGAUGCAUGACAGGAGGGGCACCAACGAUACCUGAGCAUGUCAUCAACACCUUCUGUUUCUUCACAACAACCUUCACAAUUGUGAGACAUCUCAACGAGACAAUGCUGGAGAAGGGCAACAUCCCGCAUCCGGGCAUUGGUCCAGUCUACCAUGAUGACGAGAAGAAGUUUCAUGCCUACUAUCAGUGGGUGCCGUUUGUCCUCUUCGGGCAAGCCAUCAUGUUCUACCUGCCGCACUUCCUGUGGCGCAGCUGGGAAAAUGGGCGAAUAAAAAUGCUCGUCUAUGGAUUGCAGAUGACCAGCCUCUCGUGGCACAUUCACUGCGACAAUGACGUUCAAUUUUCCCCAAAUCUCACCGUCCAAUCUAGAGCCACAGUGGCCAAGAGGGUUGACAUCAUAAGGCUGGAAUUCCUGCGACAUCUCCGGAUUAAUCGAUGGUGGGCACCAAAACUCAUCUUCUGUGAAUUUCUCUGCUUUGCCAAUCUCAUUCUUCAGAUUCACUACGUCAACAUCUUCCUAAAUGGACAAUUUCUCGGAUUGGGAAUUAAAUUCAUCAAAGGUAAUUUUGAGGGCCCCAUGGAUCCCCUCGAUGUGGUGUUCCCCAAGGUGACCAAAUGCCAUUUCUACAAAUACGGUGCCUCAGGAUCCAUCCAGAAGCACGAUGCCCUCUGCGUCAUGGCACUUAAUGUCAUGAAUGAGAAGAUAUACACCUUCCUCUGGUUUUGGUUCAUUGUUCUAUUGGCCGUAACUCUCGCUUCAUUCACAUGGCGUUUCCUCACGUGGAUCCUCCAUUCGAGGUCGACUAAAUUCAACGGGUUCAUCUUCUCCAUGGCGUGCCCAGGGAGGUUGCAUCCCAUGGAUAUGGCGGUGAUUAAGAAGACACUCAUCUUCUCAGACUGGCUCUUUCUCUACUACAUUGCCAAGAACCUCGAUCCUCCUGUUUUCCGCGAGUUACUCUCAUCUCUGGUAAUUGAGCUGCGUGGAGAUGUUUUCAGGGAAGUUUCUGAUGAUGAAAUGGAGGAAGUGGAAUUGCGUCGUCGACCGAGUGACGGUGAUCCGGUCAAAAUGAUGAUGAUACAUCAAAUGGACAUGGAAAGCAUCGACACAGUCGACAAUACUGAGAAGUCUGCGAAAUUAGCCUAGUUUCAUUGUGUGAUCAUCAUUUUCCUUGCAUUUUGUACUUUUGGUGUGUAAAAGAAUAAAAAAAAAUGCACGAGAGCUGA